AUGCAGCAGCAGCAGCCCCCACUAGAUCAUCGGAGGUUAAAGCCGUUUACGGCCGCCGGAGAUAAUAACCAACAGCAGCAGCCUCAAAAGUGUCCUCGUUGUGACUCCGCUAACACAAAGUUUUGUUACUACAACAAUUACAGUCUCUCCCAGCCUCGUUAUUUCUGCAAGAGUUGCAGGAGAUACUGGACUCAUGGUGGAACCCUAAGGAACGUGCCCGUUGGCGGUGGUUGCAGGAAAGGAAAACGCUCGAAGGGUUCUUCCUCCGGUGAAAAUCCAAGGUCGUCUCAGCCGCAGAUACCACCACCACCACAAGCGCCGGCAGCUCCAUCAUCUCGUAUUUCUUCAGUGGGAUCAUUGUAUCAUGGUGGUCGGUUCUUGUCAUCUUCAUCGGCAAUCCAAGCAACGAACCAACAGCAACCUUUUAAUCAAAGAAUCGGUGGUUGGUCUUCAAAUUUGGGACUUUUGCAGAUUCAGCAACAGCAUCAAGAGAUUCAGCAAACCCAGUUCUUACAAAUGGGUACUAAUGGAGAUCAAAAUGCUAUAAACAUGUACCCAUUGGAUCAUCAAGAGGGAAAUUAUUGGCAUCAAAGUUUCAUCAACAAUACUAACCCUACAAUCUCAGAAGCAGAUUUAUGGAGUAUCAACAACAUUAGCACCAGCAAGAACACAGAUGGUUCUUUGAAUCCAAGUCAAUGGUCUGACUCUGAUCUUCCAGGUUAUGGUCCUCCAUAG